AUGCAAGACAGCUUGACGAAGAGUGAGACAAACGAUCAGAGACAAUCGGAAACCAUCCCGAAUGUGGUUCAACUAUCUGCCAUCACAACCGUUACAUCUGUUCAGAUACACGCCAACGUGAAAUACUUGGAUCGACCAGAGAAGUCUCUCCCGGCCGACCAGAUCCAGAGGAUGCCAGGGACAUCCUCGUAUCCUAUAGGCUACCCCGAGUACCAAACCCACAGAGUCCAGGCAUUCCAACGGGCAGAUGACCAGUGCCGACGACGGAUUGACUUUGCACCGGAAGGUCACUUGAGCGGGAACUACAGUAGGGGUUGA